AUGAUGGCAGAGUUGCUUGAGAGGAGGAAGCAGCGUCUGCAAUCCUCGUCCAGAGGAUCGCGCUUGUCAGACGACGUUAUCGAUGCUAAAGUCGUAGUUUGCAGCCCUGCCUCUCCUGCCAUCCCUCGCGGCCCUGCUCGUGGUGCGGCAAGUGAAGUACCGAGAAGGGACACUGUAACUGAGGAAGUGCAGCCCCUCGACUCCCGGCUGGAUCAAGACAGACUGCUGCAGCUGCUCCAGACGGAUCUUGGGUUUGACGGCGAACUGCCUGUUUUAGCAUGUGUGAUGUACAAUGCUCUCGUGCACUGGCGCUCCUUCGAAACCGAGUCUACAGAUGUGUUUGACAAGAUUAUUGGGAUCAUGAGGGCCGCCAUUGGCGCUCAGGAUCCAUCUGCUGCUCCUGGUGCGGAUGUCGGCGUGGCUCCUGACGCUCAGCCUGAGGCUGCGAGAUUUGGUGCCGGAGAAGAUGAAGAUGCAGUGGGGAGUAUUGACAAGCUGGCGUAUUGGCUGACGAACGCAGCUUCUCUGCUGCUUCUGCUCAUGACAUCUUUCAAGACUGAUAAAGUUCCACGGGAAAUGGCGGCAUUUCGGAAGGAAAUUUUCAGCCCAACUGUCCCAUCUGAGGACGAGAUAGCUGCAGCGAAGGCUGAUGGGGUGCAGCUGGUAAAACCCACGUUUCCAGCUCUGCUAUUCGGGAAAGAGCUAGCAGCGUACGUGGAAAAGGUGUAUCUGUUCUUCGUAGACAAUCUGAGGAACGACGUUUCACCGAUACUGGUUGCCGGCUACGAGGCCAGUACUCGUAUUCUUAGGAGUUCAAAUCAGCAAAACCUGCGAGCAGCAGCACAAAGCCAGGCGAUCUCAAUACCAGCAGCAGAAGCACGGUGGAACCUUAUAACCAUGAAGCUCUCAGAUAUGCUCAACUUUCUGAAGCUCAACCACGUGCCUGCCUUCCUCGUCAGGAGCCUCUUCCGACAGAUCUAUGCACUCGUCAAUGCCGAGCUCUUUAACCGUGUUUUGCUUUAUCGUCACUGCUGCAACUUACAUUUCGUCGACGCGUAUUUCAAAGAGGGGUUGACAGAGCUGCAGCGGUGGACCGCUGCCGCCACUGAGGUGUAUGCAGGAGGCGCAUGGGACCAGCUGCAGCACAUCAGGCAUGCUGUGGAGUUUAUCGUACCUGCCAAUCGCUGCCACUCUCUGCUUCCCUAUCACCUGCCACCGUUGUGGAUGCUGCUUGGGAGGCAUUCCUUCUUUCACCUUAGACUUUGCAUGAGUUUAACCUGGUCCGCUGUUGCGAGCCUCGCGGCGCUAUUGCAAGCAACCAUGGCUACACAUUGGCGUAGUUCCUUCCGUCCCCUUCUGCUGCUGCUGGCGGUGCUGCUCGCGCGGCAUACAUGCGUACAGGCAGCGGACAAGGCGAACGCCACUCAGCCAGCAGCGGACGACCCCGUGGUCAAAGCAGAGAAGGAAGCAGGCGAUAUCGUGCCCCAAGGGGCGUGUACGGCGGAAAUAACAGCCUACUGUUCGGACCUACCCACAGGCAACCGCUCUCUGGAGCGGUGUUUGAGCACACAGGUCAAGAUGGUGAUGGCGGGGAAAGUAAAAGCGAACCCCGAGUUCUCCGCGGAGUGUUUGCUGGAGAUCCGCAACUUCAAGAUUGCGCUGUACAAGGACAUCAGCAUGAACAAGGAGAUGGUGGAGGCGUGCAAGGAGGACAUCGCAUCCUUCUGUGAUGACGACUUUCUCUACCCCGAGCCCGGCAACGUGCUCGCAUGCCUGCGGGAGAGCAAGGAAUCAGGGCGUGUAUCAGACCAGUGCGCCAUAAUGGUGUUCGAGGCGCAGGAGGAUGCAGCAGACGAUUUCCGCAUGGAUCCGCAGCUGAACAUGCUGUGCUCCAAGGACGCGGAUACCUACUGUGGGGACGUGCAGUCAGGCGAGGGGCGCAUUCAGGAGUGCCUGCGGCGCAACCGCAAGAAGCUGAACUGGGAGUGCCAGGCGGAGCUGUUCCGGCAGGAGGUGGAGAACGCCGAUGACAUCCGCCUCAACGUGCGCCUCUUCCGAGCCUGUCUGGACGACAAGCGGCGCUUCUGUCCUGAUGUGCUGCCCGGGGAUGCACGCGUGAAGGACUGCCUGGAGGAGCACCGCUCCGAGCCCGAGUUCUCCAAGACCUGCAAGGCGGAGUUUGACAAGAUGAUGGAGCGCAGGGCGGUGGACUUCCGCCUCGAUGCCAGCCUGCGCAAGUACUGCCACAAGGACAUUGUGGAGACGUGCUACCCGGACGCGGAGGACAUCAGUGACGUGGCGAACUGGGACAGCAAGGUGAUGGAGUGCCUGCAGGACUACAAGGAGGAGCUCAAAGACCCGCGCUGCCGCCAGCAGGUGCACCGCCUGACCAAGAGGGCAGCAGAGGACAUUCGAUUCGACCACCCUCUGCAUGACGCCUGCCAGCCCGACCAGGAGAAGCUGUGUAAGGACGUGCCGAGCGGCCACGCACGGGUGUUCACGUGCCUGCAGGACCACCGCAAGGACCUGCGCCCCGUGUGCCGCGCUGCCCUCUUUGACCAGGAGAUCCGCUACGCGGGAGACAUAGACUUCAAGUUUGCCAUGCGCCAGGCGUGUGCCGACGAGAUGAAGCGCCUGUGCUCCAAAGCACCCGACAUGGUGAAGUGUCUGCAGGACCAUGUGGCAGAUGCGGACAUGGGCAAGGCAUGUGCCGACGAGGUCAAGAGGGACGAGCAGCGCAGCGCACAGGAUUUCCGCCUCAACUUCCGUUUGAACCACGCAUGCUUCGAGGACGUGCAGCACCUCUGCAUAAACGCCUGCGCCCCUCCGGGCGUCGAGGGCGCCAUGGCUGCUGCAGCAGCGGCCGCAGGGCAGGCGUGCGGAGGGGCGGUGCUCAAGUGCCUGUCGGAGAAGGUGUCUCAGCUGCAGAACGCUGAGUGCCGCGAGGAGGUGUUUUACUUUGAGCGCAGGACCGUGGAGGAUCCGGCCCUGGACGUGCCCUUGCAGCAGGCGUGCAAGGACGACGCGGACAUGUACUGUGGCGCGGGGGCGGGGUAUGCGGGGAGGGACCACAGCCGCACGCUCUCCUGCCUGCGGCAGAACAGGAAGAAGCUGUCCGCCAAGUGCAAGGCGGAGGAGCUGCGGUUCACCGCCAUGGAGGCAUCAGACAUCCGUCUGACCCCCACGCUGAUGAACGCGUGUGGAUUGGAGCUGCACCAGUUCUGCCGCGGAGUGCCGCCCAUGGGCGGCCAUGCCUUCCGCUGCCUGCAGUGGCACAUCCAGGAGUCCGGCAUGAGUGUAGCCUGCCGUGCUGAGGUGGACCUGCAGACCAUGCGCCAGUCCCAGUACUACCGCACCGACAUCGCGCUGCAGCUGCAGUGCAAUGCUGACGUGGAGGAGAAGUGCAGCGAGGUGGACGAGGCGGCGGAGAUGUCAAUGGGGGACCAGGAGGCAGAGGGCGACUACGGGCCUAUCCUGCGCUGUCUGCUGCAGUCGUACCAGACCCUCAAGCCUGCCUGCCAGUCCGAGGUGACCUAUGUGGUGCGCAACGCCCUGUGGAUGUACCACAGCAACGCGCCCCUCACCAAGCCAUGCCACACUGACAUUGACACCCUCUGCAACAGCACCAACGUGGCGGGGUUCAGCGAGCACAAGGGCGCCGUGGUGGGGGUGUUUGGGCAGUGCCUCGUGGACACGCCUCUCACUAAGAUCUCGGAUAAGCAGUGCCGGCAGAUGGUGGGCGUGGUGGCGGGCAGUGGCGGGCACGUGGGAGGGCUGGUGAAUGAGAAUCAGCUGGAGGACACGCUUACUAAAAUCGCAGAGAUCCAGCUGGUGGCUCAGGCUGAGGCGGAGGAGCAGGCAGAGGGCUCUCCACUAGUGUUGACGGGCUGGCUGGCCUUCAUUGCCAUCACAGCCCUCGCUGCUCUGCUGCUUGGUGGUGGCUUCUUCAUCUACCGCCGCUACUUUGAUCCUCGCCGCAACUACACUGUGGUUGUCAAGGCUGGCGAUGUGUGA